GCCCCGCCUCCAGCGUGCCCUGCGCGGCGGAGGCCCGGAAGCUGGCGUGGCGCGCUAGUGGCGGCGCUCGGGCGUUCAGAGGCGGGACUUCCGGUGGCGUUCGCGCGGGUCUUCCGGCCGACUCCAAGGGCCGGCGCGUCUCCAGGACAUGCAGCCCCCUGGACCCCGAGGUUGGGCCCUGCUGUGACCCGCCCAGCAUGCAGGUGCUCCUCGGCACGCUCUGGCUCACUCUGGCCUGCAGCUCUGUGCAUGCCACGCUGUCGAAGUCAGACGCCAAAAAGGCCGCCUCGAAGACGCUGCAGGAGAAGACUCAGGUUUCGGGCAAGCCCGCCCAGGAGCGGGGUCUGGUGGUGACAGACGUCAGGGCGGAGGACGUCGUCCUCGAGCACCGCAGCUACUGCUCGGCGAAGGCCCACAAGAAGCACUUCGCUGGGGAUGUCCUGGGCUACAUCACGCCGUGGAACCGACACGGGUACGAUGUCGCCAAGAUCUUCGGAGGCAAGUUCACCCACGUCGCCCCCGUGUGGCUGCAGCUGAGGAGGCACGGCCGCGAGAUGUUCGAGGUCACGGGCCUGGACGACGUGGACCAAGGGUGGCUGCGGGCAGUCAGGAAACAAGCCAAGGGCCUGCGCGUAGUGCCUCGUCUCCGGUUCGAGGACUGGACGUACGAGGACUUUGACAGCGUCCUGGACAACGAGGACGAGAUUGAGGAGCUCAGCAGGACCAUCGUCCAGGUGGCCAAGGGGGCUCAUUCAUCUGCUCACCCACAUGGCCGAGGCGCUGCACCAGGCCCGGCUGCUGGUCUUCCUGGUCAUCCCGCCUGCCGUUGCCCCGGGGCUGUCUCUUCUGAGAAUCGAGCUCCCAGAACCCUGGAGCAUGGUGGACUGGCUUCCUUUCCAGGACCUUCCCCGCAGCGAGCUCACAUCCUCAUGGACAGGACCAACAAGCUAGGCAUGUUCACGAACACGGAGUUUGAGCAGCUGGCGCCCGUGCUGGACGGCUUCAGCCUCAUGACCUACGACUACUCCACAGCACAGCCAGCCGGCCCCAACGCGCCGCUGCCCUGGGUGCGAGCCUGCGUCCAGGUCCUGGACCCCAAGUCCAAGUGGCGGAGCAAGAUCCUGCUGGGGCUCAACUUCUACGGCAUGGACUACUCGGCCUCCAAGGACGCCCGCGAGCCCAUCAUCGGGGCCAGCGUCUCGUCAGCCGAGCUGCCGGGUCCCGGCAGCUCCCCCGCCCCCUGUGGCCGCUGACCUGGGAUUCGCCUGUGACUUGCCUCAACGGGACGUUUCGUAGAGACGGGUCAGGCGGCCUGUGGCCAAGGCCUUCCACUUUAGCUCAGGGACCGCUCAGGCCCCGUGUGUACCUUUUCCUCAUUCAGCCCGCGCCCCAGCCUCUCCACCUGGGCUGCCCGUGGCCUUGCUCUCACUCCGCAGCAGUCUGUGUAGCUGUCCCCACCCAGGGUGCUCACUCGCUGCUCCUCCACCUCCCACCCGGUGAGCGUGGGGUCCUGAAUGGCCCCAGCCCUGGCAUAGGCCUCAGCCUCCGGGGUGAGGAACUGACCCCAACAGAGUGCAGCCUCAGCUGCCCCCACAGCUCCCUGGCUCCAGCAGGCAGCUCUGUGAGGAGUGCGUGGCCAGGGCUCCCCAAACCCGAGGGCCUGGAGCCACCUGCCCAGCAGCAUCUGUCCCUGACCCAGGACAGGACUCGGGGGCUCAGAAACACCCACCCCACCCCACCCCACGUCCCAGAUCUCCUUAGCCCCAGGGCAGACGGGUCCAAAGCAGCAAGUGAUCCCUGUGAUUCCAGGAGCGUGGCUUUGGUUAAGGAUGAUGCCGUCAUUUUGGACAGUUGGACCUGGUGUGGUGGGCGUCCUGGGUCCUGGCCCAAACCCCUUGGGGCCCCACGUCCGCUGCCGCUGCCACGGGUUCCCCACUGCUCUGUGCAGCCCCGACCCCCAGCGCCCCACCGGCGUCCGUGGUCCAGCCCAAAGCACACAGCAGCCCCAGGCCCGGGGGUGGGCCGGCCACACCUGCCCCCCCAGCCCGUCUGGGUGCCGGCUGCUGGCCAGGGAGACUCAGUGUGGGCUGCAGACCCCCGCUGUCCUGGCCACGCAGCACCCUGGAGACCAGCCUGUCUUCAUGUGUGUUGGGGGCAGGUCUGAAACCAGUGGCUUCUGGCAGUGAGGCCAGGCCCACCACGGGCCUGGGGCAGCCGCGUCCACAGCAAGGGGGUAGGGAGGACAGCCUGGCUCCCCAGAGGGCCCGGACACCACCGUUUCCUUGGGAGGCGGGGGAUGCGGAGCCGAGGCUGCCCCCAGGGCCUGCCUGCCUGCCUUCCACCAGGUGGGGCCCAGGAGCACCAUCUGCGCCACCCGCCCGGCGCUGCGCACACUGCGGGCUCGCCCACACUGCUCUGCCCGUGGUGCCGUCGGGUCAGGGCAGUGCCCCGGCCCCCACAUCUGAGCAUCCUCUGUCGGGGCCCCCGUCCCCUGCCCCCACAGCCCUGGCCCAAGCGUUGGAGACCCCCCAGUGGCCCUGCUUCCUGGCAUUUCAGCGUGCCCAGGCCACCCCACGCGGCCUUCCCACCCCACCUGCUGUCGCUGGCAUUCUGUGGACCACCAGGGGUGGUCCGGAGAAUGCCCCGGUUAGCCUCCAGCUGCCGUGACGGCAGCGGCCACCCACACCCCAUCUCCCCCAGGUACAUCCAGACACUGAAGGACCACCGGCCCCAGGUCGUGUGGGACAGCCAGGCCGCAGAGCACUUCUUCGAGUACAA